AUGAACAAGAGCACGUCAGCUGAGGCACAGCGAGAGUUUGCAUUCGAAGCACUUUUCAUGCAUAAAUUCAAUCAUCCAAAUAUAGUACGACUCCAUUGGAUACAAUGGGAUCCUCCCCGACUUCGAAUAAUCCUAGAGCUAAUGGAAGGUGGAGACUUGCGGUCGUUCUUGAGAGAUGCUCGACCAACACAAGAACACGCAAACCCUUUCGAUCUCAGUAUGCUGGACAUAGUGAACAUUUCGUUAGAUAUAGCUCGAGGAUGUGAAGAGCUGAACCGCCAGAAGUACAUUCAUAGGGAUCUCGCAGCUCGAAAUUGUCUCCUUACCGAAAGGGGUCCGAACAGGAGAGCAAAAAUAGGCGACUUCGGCAUGGCCAGGGAUAUUUAUGAAAACAAUUACUACCGUAAGGGUGGAAGAGCUAAGCUGCCGGUAAGGUGGAUGCCGCCAGAAGCAUUUCUAGAUGGAUUGUUUACAACACAAACUGAUGUCUGGUCGUUCGGGAUAUUUAUGAGUGCGUUUCAUUCCUGUGAGAAUAUCGGCUGCUCAAGAGAUGAUGCAAGUGCUUUCAGAAACAAUUACUACCGUAAGGGUGGAAGAGCUAAGCUGCCGGUAAGGUGGAUGCCG